AUGUCCCUCGCCAGCCUCCGCCGCGUCCCCUUCGCGGCUCGUGCUUUCAGCACCACGGCUGCCGCUCUCAAGCCAGCUGGCCCCAAGCCCAUCGACGACUCGACCAGUGCUCUGGACUACAAGCUCCACCACCCCUCAAAGCGCCCGCCUCACCUUGCUACCACUCACCACCCCCGUGCCCCCAGCGCUGAGGAGGCCGUCACCAACAUUCUCUACAACACCCCUCCCCCUAGCGCCGAGCCUUUCAAGCGUCACCUCCUCAACUGUCUCGUCCAGAAUGAGCCCGGUGUCCUGUCGCGUGUGUCUGGUAUCCUCGCCGGCCGUGGCUUCAACAUUGACUCGCUUGUUGUGUGCCAGACCGAGAUCCGCGACCUUUCGCGCAUGUCGAUCGUCCUGAAGGGUCAGGACGCCGUUAUUGAGCAGGCUCGCAGGCAGCUCGAGGACCUCGUCCCCGUCUGGGCUGUCCUCGACUACACCAACACCUCGGUGAUUGAGCGUGAGCUCCUCCUCGCCAAGGUCUCCAUCCUUGGCCCCGAGGUUGCCCAGUCGCAGCUCGCGCCCCCUCCCGCUGAGGAGGUCCACGAUGGCCUCAUGGCCCGCGAGGAGCAGCUUGUCCGCACCUUCGAGGCCGAGGGUCACCUCCCCGCCGGUGUCUCUGGCGCCGCUCUUUACUCUUCUCGCCGCCACAUCACCCAGUCUGAGGCCCUCAUCGCCAAGAACCUCCACCUGGGAGCCGUCAAGACUCUCGCCGACCAGUUCGGUGGCCGUGUUGUCGACGUUGCUGAGGAGAGCGUCAUUGUCGAGCUCACCGCCAAGAGCACUCGUGUCGAGGCCUUCCUUGGCCUUAUCCGCCCCUUCGGUGUCCUCGAGGCCGCUCGUUCCGGUGUCAUGAUGCUUCCCCGUACCCCUAUCACCCCCUUCACUGAGGAGGACCUCCCCGUUGGCCAGUCUGAGGAGCUCGACAUGUCGCUCCUCCCCCCUGGAUAG